UUCCUACAUAAUUCCAUAUAUCUCAUCCAUUUCAGGACCAGUGCGUUCCAUACACGUCAUCAAGAGCUAUGCCUUCGGCCUCGGUUAUCUACAUAUCUAAUACUACUUCUAGACAAUCCUACUUGUCUCAGAUCUCCCACAACGACUUCUACUACUGACUUCCGAGCAAACAUCACGUGACGAAACAAGAAUCAUGGCAGAUGACAAGAAGAGACAAGCAAAGCGCGUAGCCGCUGAGAAUGGCGUUAUCAACCCUUCAGGCGCACUUUUACUAGCAGCAGCACCCAUGUACCUCGCUCUGAUCCCUCUGACCUCUUACCUCACGACGCCGAAUUCGAUCUGCCAAUCCCUGACUCAUGCCAUUAUCAAGCUUCUGCCCGGUGUAGGCGUCUCAUCGAUUACCUCAGGGCGUGCGAUUCCCGCUCUUUCGGCUUUGUAUCUGUUCUGGACCUUCGGCGCAUCCGGUGCCGCUUCGGCAGCGGGCCAGGCUAUGGGGCGUGACGAGGGGUUCGACAACGACCAUCCCAGGAAGCAUGUUCAUGUCCUGGACGGUCUGCCGUUGAGACUGAGGAGUGCGCACUACGCUCUGAUGGAAAACUUCCCUGCCUUUGCACUCGCUGCGGCCCUGGCGCAGAUUCUUGCGCCUAACGACGCGCAGAUUGUGAAUUUGCUUGGCUUCCAUGUCAUGGCGAAGCUGCUUGUGCAUUAUCCGUCGUAUCUAAGCAACAUAGCUCUGCCCAGAACACUGGCGCACCUUAGUGCGACUAGUGCAUUAGUGAAUGUGUGUUGGAGAUUGGCGGCUGGUGCUUGAGAGCGAUGAAACUUUCGAAGCAGGCAGGGUUGGAGAGUAGGGACCUUGGAAGGGUACCGUUGAGGAAGGAUCGAAGUGGGUUGGAUAUCAGCAGAAUUGGGCGAUCACGCAGACUGUUUGU